CCCGAAGGUGAAAGGAGCAGGCUAGGCCGAGGAGGAACUGUCUUCUCCUCUCCUUGCCGUGCUUCCUUCCUCAGGAGCGGCAGAGCCAAGGGAGGGCCUGGCCCCCGCCAUAGGAUCUUGGGUUUUCUUUCACUUCAUCCCUUUUGUUGCCAUCAUUGACAGCAUUUGACCCUUCUAACUUGGAGAAAAUGGUGAAUGUCUUGAAAGGCGUGCUUAUAGAAUGUGAUCCUGCCAUGAAGCAGUUUCUGCUGUACUUGGAUGAGUCAAAUGCCUUAGGAAAGAAAUUCAUCAUACAAGACAUAGAUGACACCCAUGUCUUCGUACUGGCAGAGCUGGUUAACUUCCUCCAAGAGCGAGUGGGAGAGUUAAUGGACCAGAACUCUUUUCCUAUUACACAGAAAUGAAAAGACUAGAAAAUGGGACUUGACCUAUCUCAGAAACUCUGAAAUUGUAAACAACAAACAAAAAAACCAAGAUUUUUCCAUCUAGCAUUUUAUGAGACUGAUUACUAGAGAAUUAGGCAUUUAUGUAAUGGUUAUUGCAUAUGCAUAUUCUGAGACUAAAUGUUUCCUGUAUUGUUUGGUUUCUGUUCAAUCCAUAGACAACAUGAAUAAAAAUUACUCGAGUUCCCUAUGAUUUGAAUUUUGUUUGCGUAUUACAAUAGAAAUUUAAAUGUAUUCCUGUUUUUACAAAAUUUUGAAAAUAAAGAGGGGAAUAUAAUGUAAUAUGU